GGCGAGCGGCCCACUCCUCCCACCUCCUCCGCCAGCCUCCUCCUCCCUCCGGCUCCUCCCGCCCCCACCUCUGUGUGCGCGGCGGAGUCGCCCUCUCCCUGCCUCUUUCUCCCGCUCCCGCUCGCUCGUCUCUUUCGCUCGUACUUCCCCCUGCUGUGCUUUGGGGGACCCAAGCAUUCUCGGCGCGGAUCGUGGGGAUCAAUGGUGCUAGGGAAGCCUAGAGAAAGCCGCGCUGGGCAGAGCUAGUUGGCAGCCCCGGUCCCUUCCCCCUCUCCCGGCGCAGCCCGUGCGGGCGCGCAGCACCUUCUCGCUCCUGCGCUCUGUUGGGGAGGACGGGGUGAGAAGGUGAAGUGGAAAGACUGCAGAGCACAGGGGGCCAGUCUCAGAGCUCAGAUUUCAUUUUCAUUGAAGCAAAGCACAGAAGAUAAGGUUUUUAUUUUUUCUAUUCUGCUUUUUAUCACCCCCUUAAUUUUUUUUUUUACAAGAAACUUAUUUUGGGGGGUGUAUGCUCUGGGCAUUUGCUUUGCCCAGUAGUUGAAAAGUCAACUCGACUCGUGAUGGUUCUCCUGUCACUUUGGUUGAUAGCAGCCGCUCUGGUACAGGUUAGGACUUCAGCUGAUGGACAAGCUGGUAAUGAAGAAAUGGUGCAAAUAGAUUCACCAAUAAAGAGACACAAAGAGUAUGAGCUGGUGACUCCAGUCAGCACAAAUCUAGAAGGACAUUAUCUCUCUCAUAUUCUUUCUGCAAAUCACAAAAAGAGGUCAACAAGGGACGUGUCUCCCAACUCUGAGCAAUUGUUCUUUAAUAUCACGGCAUUUGGAAGAGAUUUUCAUCUGCGACUAAAACCCAACACUCAGCUCAUAGCUCCUGGGGCUGUUGUGGAAUGGCAAGAAAUAUCUCCGGCGCCUGGGAAUAUAACCGACCCUGUUAAUGAUCGUCAACCAGGAAGUGCUUCUGAAAGAAUCUGGAAAACGGAGCCUUUGCAGACCAACUGUGCUUACGUUGGUGACCUCAUGGACAUUCCGGGAACCUCUGUUGCCAUUAACAACUGUGAUGGUCUGGCUGGAAUGAUAAAAAGUCAUGAUGAUGAGUAUUUCAUUGAACCCUUGGAAAGAGGUAAGCAGAUGGAGGAAGAAAAGGGAAGGAUUCAUGUUGUCUACAAGAGAUCAGCAGUAGAACGGGCUCCCAUAGACAUGUCCAAAGACUUCUACUACAGAGAGUCAGCGCUGGAAGGCCUUGAUGAUCUAGGUACUGUUUACCACCAUGUUGACCGGCAGCUGAACCAAACAAUUAGGCGUCGCAGACAUGCAGGAGACAACGAUUACAACAUUGAAGUGCUGCUGGGAGUGGAUGACUCUGUGGUCCGUUUCCAUGGCAAAGAGCACGUCCAAAACUACCUCCUCACUCUGAUGAACAUUGUGAAUGAAAUUUACCAUGAUGAGUCCCUCGGAGUACAUAUAAAUGUGGUCCUGGUGCGCAUGAUCAUGCUGGGUUAUGCAAAGUCCAUCAGCCUCAUAGAAAGGGGAAAUCCAUCCAGAAGCUUGGAGAAUGUGUGUCGCUGGGCUUGCCAACAACAAAAAUCUGAUCCCAACCACUCUGAACACCAUGAUCACGCAAUUUUCUUAACCAGGCAAGACUUUGGACCUGCUGGAAUGCAAGGAUAUGCGCCAGUCACAGGCAUGUGUCAUCCAGUGAGAAGCUGUACCCUGAAUCAUGAGGAUGGUUUUUCAUCUGCUUUUGUAGUGGCCCAUGAAACCGGCCAUGUGCUGGGAAUGGAGCAUGAUGGACAAGGCAAUAGGUGCGGCGAUGAGACUGCUAUGGGAAGCGUCAUGGCUCCGUUGGUGCAAGCAGCGUUUCAUCGUUACCACUGGUCCCGAUGCAGUGGCCAAGAAUUGAAAAGAUACAUCCAUUCCUAUGACUGUCUCCUUGAUGACCCAUUUGAACAUGAUUGGCCCAAACUCCCAGAACUUCCUGGAAUCAAUUAUUCUAUGGAUGAGCAAUGUCGUUUUGACUUUGGGGUUGGUUAUAAAAUGUGCACUGCGUUCCGAACCUUUGACCCAUGUAAACAGCUGUGGUGCAGCCAUCCUGAUAACCCUUACUUUUGUAAGACUAAAAAGGGACCCCCACUUGAUGGGACUGAAUGUGCUUCUGGAAAAUGGUGCUACAAGGGCCAUUGCAUGUGGAAGAAUGCUAAUCAACAAAAACAAGAUGGCAAUUGGGGAUCAUGGACCAAAUUUGGCUCCUGUUCCCGGACGUGUGGAACUGGUGUUCGUUUCAGAACACGCCAGUGCAACAAUCCAAUGCCCAUCAAUGGUGGUCAGGAUUGUCCGGGUGUUAAUUUUGAGUACCAGCUUUGUAAUACAGAUGAAUGCCCCAAGCACUUUGAAGACUUCAGAGCACAGCAGUGCCAGCAGCGUAACUCCCACUUUGAAUACCAGAACACCAAGCACCACUGGAUGCCCUAUGAACAUCCUGACUCCAAGAAAAGAUGCCACCUUUACUGUCAAUCCAAAGAGACUGGCGAUGUUGCCUACAUGAAACAGCUGGUACACGAUGGGACGCGCUGUUCCUACAAAGACCCGUACAGCAUAUGUGUGCGAGGAGAGUGUGUGAAAGUGGGCUGUGAUAAAGAAAUUGGCUCUAACAAGGUUGAGGAUAAGUGUGGUGUCUGUGGAGGAGAUAAUUCUCAUUGUCGAACUGUGAAGGGGACCUUUACCAGAACUCCCAGGAAGCUUGGGUACCUUAAGAUGUUUGAUAUACCCCCUGGUGCUAGACAUGUGUUAAUCCAAGAAGACGAGGCUUCUCCUCAUAUUCUUGCUAUUAAGAACCAGGCUACAGGCCACUAUAUUUUAAAUGGCAAAGGGGAAGAAGCCAAGUCACGGACCUUCAUUGAUCUUGGUGUGGAAUGGGAUUAUAAUAUUGAAGAUGACAUUGAAACUCUUCACACAGAUGGACCUCUGCACGAUCCUGUUAUUGUUUUGAUUAUACCUCAGGAGAAUGAUACCCGCUCUAGCCUUACAUAUAAGUACAUCAUCCAUGAAGACUCCGCACCUACAAUCAACAACAACAAUGUCAUCCAGGAAGAACUAGACACUUUUGAGUGGGCUUUGAAGAGCUGGUCUCAGUGUUCCAAACCCUGUGGUGGAGGUUUCCAGUACACUAAAUACGGAUGCCGUAGGAAAAGUGACAAUAAAAUGGUUCAUCGCAGCUUCUGUGAAGUCAACAAAAAGCCGAAACCUAUUAGAAGAAUGUGCAAUAUUCAAGAGUGUACACAUCCACUCUGGAUAGCAGAAGAGUGGGAGCAUUGCACCAAAACCUGUGGGAGUUCCGGCUACCAGCUUCGCACUGUGCGCUGCCUUCAGCCCCUCCAUGAUGGCACCAACCGCUCUGUGCACAGCAAGUACUGUGUGGGUGACCGGCCUGAGAGCCGCCGGCCUUGUAACAGAGUGCCCUGCCCAGCCCAGUGGAAAACGGGGCCCUGGAGUGAGUGCUCUGUGACCUGCGGUGAAGGGACGGAGGUGAGGCAGGUCCUCUGCAGGGCCAGUGACCACUGUGACGGGGACAAGCCUGAGGCCACCAGAGCCUGUCAGCUGCCUCCCUGUAAUGAUGAGCCAUGUCUGGGAGAUAAAUCCAUAUUCUGUCAAAUGGAGGUGCUGGCGCGGUACUGCUCCAUCCCAGGUUAUAACAAGUUGUGCUGUGAGUCCUGCAGCAAACGCAGCAGCACCCUGCCACCGCCCUUCCUUCCUGAAGCUGCUGAAACUCGUGAUGAAGUUAUCUUUAACCCCAGUGACCUCCCUGGAUCCCUAGUGAUGCCUACAUCUUUGGUUCCUUACUAUUCAGAGACUCCUGCUGAGAGGAAGAAAUCUUUGAGUAGGAUCUCUUCAGCAGGCGGUCCAAAUGCAUCUGCUACUCUCAGGCCACACAGUAAACCCGAUGGUGCUAACUUACCCCAGAGGAGAGCUCAGCGAGCAGGAAGUAAGCCUGUGGGACAGGUCUCCCCUGCCACCAGGAGUGGACACCUCACUUCAUCCUCACAAACCGCUGCUGCCCCCUUCCUUGCAGUCCAUGAUUCAACAGGUGCUUCUUCUCAGGCAAGAACCUCAAAGAAAGAGGAAAAGAUUAAUGACAACAGACAUCCGCUAAGAUCGCCCACCUUGGAAAGAUGAAAAGGUGAACCUAAAAGGCUAGAAAUCAGAGGAAAGCCUGGCCAAGCUCCCUCUCCCAGUGGUGCAUACAGCUUGUUUAAAGUGGUCAUCUCCAUACAUUGUCAACUCAUUUUACCUGUAAAUGGAAGAGCAAAAGUGCUGGUUCACUUUCUAGUUGCUUUCCUCCUUUUUUUGUUCUGCAUUAACUCAUUACCAGAAUUCAUUGGAAGAAGGCACCAAAGAAUAUUAACAGAAGGAAAGUGGCUAAGUGUAUUGGUCACUCUCUACAGCAGAAAAGGGACUGGAGCCAUUUGUGCAUAUCAGCUGAUUUUUUGCUUUAAAAGUUAUAGUAAAAAGGAGGUGCCAACGGUUUACACCUUAACAAAAUAUUUUGGAAAUGGAGCAAAGAAUUUGUAGACUUGUAUUUCUAUUUAUCUAUAUUAGAAAUAUUGUAUGAGCAAAUUUGCAGCUGUUGUGUAAAUACUGUAUAUUGCAGAAAUCAGUAUUAUUUUAAGAGAUGUGUUCUCAAAUGAUUGUUUACUAUAUUACAUUUCUGGAUGUUCUAGGUGCUUGUCAUUGAGUAUUGCCUAUUUGACAUUUUUUGGGCUGAUAUUCAAAGCAGAAUGUUACAAAAAAGAAGUUAGAAUUGCAGCUACUGACAAUACCAAGGGUUUUAUUUAAUCAACAGUGUGAUGCUUAAGUUACAGAAAAGGAAAAAAACAACAACAGGUAAGCUGCAGAUAUACAGAUUUCAGCUUACCUAUUACUUUCCAUCCUUUAAUAAAAAAGAAUGGACUGUGGUCACAGGGAACAGAGACCAAUCAAUGAACCUGUGCAAUAAAAAAAUGGAAACUGCUUACCAGGACCUCAAUAGGCACCACUGAUGUGUCUUAUGUUUUUAAGUUGUGUUUUUUUUAUUUUCCCAUUGUUGACACAUCCAAGAAAAAGCAUACUCAAUGUACUGUAAUAAUAACAAAGGAAUAUGUAUUGAGAUAAUUUGUAUGUUGGUAGCUGAACUAGAAUUUAUACUCAAGUAUAGUAGGGCUUUGAAAGCAGGUUCUAAAAAGCAUUUGUCAAUGGUUGCAAUAUUUAUUUUCUGCAUGGUUCACACACCCAAAUGUUCACAACCACAAUGCAUCUGACUGCAAUAAUGUGCUAGUAAUUUAUGCCAGUGGUCACCUUACUCACAGUGAAGCCAGAAAUGCUCUCUCCAGGGAGUAGAUGUAAAGUACUUGUAUAUAGAAUUCAGAACUGAAGAUAUUUAUUAAAAGUUGAUUUUUUCCUUGAUAGUAUUUUUAUGUACUAAAUAUUUACGCUAAUAUCAAUGACAUAUUUUGGCAAACUAGAGAGACAUAUUAGAAAUGCAUGCUUUGUGCUAUGCCUACGGGAGAAACUUAAGCAAACAACAGCCAAAUCAAAGAGCUAAAGCUGAACUAAUUUGAUGUGAUGCAACCAUUUGCAUCUUUAAAGUAGUUGAAAUGAAGUUGAUUUGUUCCCCUUCAAUGAAACAAAAUAUAUGGACUUAGUUAGCUUUUUUUGAAAUAGUGAAUUAGAAACAUUUUUUAAAAAAAGUAUGUGAAAGAGAUAUGCACUUCAUAAAUUACAAUUCAAAAAAUAAAGAAAUAUGCAUGUCCCCAUAAUGGUUUUGAGGUCAGUUUCUGAACUGUUUAAAUGUAUUAUGCAUGCUAACCUUCAUGAAGACAUGUUAACCUUCAAAGCACAGGAUGUGCAAGGACUUUUGCAUUUGAAUCAUGAUAAACUAACAGCUUCACCUAUUGACUCUAUACCUCCAAGGAAUCGCUGCUACUUUGUGCAAGACUUUUGAAAGUCAAAUGAGUUAGGUGAAUUCCAGAUCAUAAAAUAAUCCCGAGCCUCAAGUAAAGGUCAUUCCCCACCCCCAAAAAUGAAUUCUCUCUAGUUUGCUUGCAUGUGUAUACAUCUGGUCCAUAGGAGAGUUUAAAGAGGGUCACACACAUACACCUCCCAUAAAGAUGUACACAUUCGUUAUACUUCUGAUCUUCAAGCUUCCUUUUCUACUAAGCUAAACAUUCUUUUUUUUUUUAUCAAAGUGUACACUACUGAUGCUGUUUGUUGUAUUGGGAGCACGUAGCAAUAAAAAUGUUAAUAAAAUAUA